CUUUCAUUCUAUUUUCAGUCCAAACUGACAGAUAUGCUCUGUCUUCCACAUUUAUUGUACCACCCCCACACACUCAUCACUUAAACCUCCUCCAUUUCCAUUCUUCUCCAGCCUCUUUUUCCUCCUACCAUGAAUCCUCCGCAACCUUCUCCCGUCAAACGACUCGGAGAUCUCCUUCUCCAACAACAAGAACCCUUCGUACUGCAAGUUUACCUCUCAGAAAGACGAUACACUGCUACUCCUGAAAACCACCAUGGGAGUCGUUCAAGUUCCUUGCUUCUCGAGACUUCUUCAAGUAGUUUUUCAGUGAAAAAGAAGAGCAAAAAUGGUGGUAGAAAACCUUAUUUCAAGGUGCUUAUUAGAGGUGUAUACAGCAAGUUUAUUGCCAUUAAGGAGCUAUUAAGAAUCAGGAACUGUCAUGAUGAUGACGAUGAUGUUGAGAAUGGUGGUGAUAGAGAUGGAAAAGUAGAAAAAACCAGAAGCAGAAACCAAGAACAAGAAGACCCAGAUAGAUAUUCAUCUGCAAGUAUCAGCACGGUGUAUACUUCCUGCACUGAAAACGAUGCAGAGGAACCGUCAACCUCCUUGCAGAAAGAUUACACUCCCGAGUUUCUGAAGCUCGGCAAUCCAAAAGGUAGAAAAUUUCAGUGCAGAUGCUCGGUAGAAGGCAACCCUGUUUCAGUCUUACAAGACAUAAUACUUCCUCAAAAAGAAGAGAACAAUUCGUCAAGAACUCGGAUGAGGAAGAUAACAGAGGACUGCAUAUUGUCCGCUUCUCUCUGGAAACUAAUUUUCAACUCCGGAAAGAAAAAGCCAAUGAGUUGUGAGCUCGAAGAGCUCGUCCAGUCGAUUCCAUCUCCAUUUUUGCAGUCAAAGAAGACGCUGCAACAGACAAAGCAGCUUCUGUUCGACUGCGUGAGGGAGGCUGUAGAGUUGCAGGGGAGAGAAAAGAGGAGACAGGAGAGGUCCGGUGAGUUUAUGGGGCCGGAGGAGGUGGGGAAGAUCAUCUGCGACAAAAUGAAGAUGUGGGGAAAGAGAAGGGACGUGAGAAAAUUGUUGGAGAUGGAGUUUUUGGAUGAGCAGUUUGAGUUUGAUUCGCAGCGGAGGGAAAUCGCGUGUCAGAUUGGUGAUGCUAUAUUGGAAGAAGAAAUAGAAAAUGUAAUGGUAGUAGAACUGAGUCAACUCACCGCGAGUAGACAGGAAAAGUGAAUAUUCCCCUCGCUUGUUUAACGUUCUAUUAAACUAUAGAUGGAAAGUACUUUGCACCCA